AUGCGCGCCAACACCCUUUCCCUUCUCGCGGCCUUCGCCAUUGGAGGUUUCGAGCUGGUCACUGCUGAGCAUGUUGAACACCCCCGCUACCAGGCUCGUGAUGUCAAGCGGGUUGUGAGGAAUAGUACAUUGGCUACCCGGAGUACCGAUAACUCGUGGAGUGCGAUUUGGGCGAGCAUCGCGGACAGCUUGACUGAGCAGCCCUCCACCAGCAUCACCCCUACCCCGAUACCCACCUCGACCGAUGCCGGAAAGCAGGUUAUCGUAGUAAUUUCUUCCGAUGCGGAGGGCCAUGUUCACACUCUCACCACCUCCACGGAAAUUGUCUCGGCUGCACAGCCUACGGCGACUACCAGCACGGCUGUCCAGUCCAACACCGCUAAGGCCACCUCUAGCGACCCCCUUCUGAACCAGGUUGGCUCCGAUGUUUCCAACCUGCUUGGCCUUGGAAGCUCCACCACUACCAGUGCUACCUCCGCCGCUACGGGCUCCAGCUCCAAUGCCAAUUCCAACGCCAACAGCCCUGCUGCCAAGACGGCCACUUCCGAUGCAGCCACCACCACUAGCGAUUCCCUUCUGGACUCUGUUGGCUCCGGUCUUUCAAGCCUCCUUGGAGCCACCGCUACGAACAGCAGCUCUACCGCCAGCCCUACCGAUAAGGACUCGAAGAUAUCAUCGACAGCUCUCGCCACUACUACUUCUUCCCAGGGUAGUCUUCUCGAGAGUCUCGGGAUUAUUAUUCCUGCGGCUGAGACGACCACUACUCCUACGGGCUCAUCCACCAUCCCGGUUAGCGUCCCUGCUGUGUCCCCCACAAGCAGCCCGACUUCCAGCAGCACCGACGACCUGCUUGGCUCCGUUAUUGGCGGCCUUACCAGCGGCCUUGGUUCAAUUCUUCCCAGUCCCACCCAGACUUCUACCGGUACUGGCAUCGGUCUGAUCCCUACUCCCGGUGUGCCUGCGUCUAGCGGUGUUCCCCACCCGUCGAUCCCUUUGACCGUCUCUGGCACCGCCGCGCCUACAACUGCGACCUCGGUUGGCAUCAUUCCCACUCCUCAGUCGUCCGGAACUGGCUCUGGCGUUCCUACUCCUACUGGCAACCAGGAUACCACCAAGGUUCCUACAUCUUCCGUUGCUCUGCCUACCACCACCAUCGAGCCCACCACCACGGCUGAGCCUGCCACUACCAAGGCCCCAGAGGAGUCCAACACCAACACCAACAACUGGAUUCCUUCAUCCAUCCUUGUGCUGCCGACCUCGUCUCCCUCGCAGACCACCAGCACCGGUACCAACAGCAACAGCAACGCCGCGCCAACUACGCUCCCCGGCUCCAUCACUCCCUCGAACGGUGUCUCCGAGGCCCCCUCCGACUCGGUUCUACUCCAGCUCGGUUUUGAUGGCCACCUCCCCUGGACUUUCGUCGCUACUACUCCCCUGUCUUCUUCGCAGAUCUUCGAGUACAUUCCCAAGGCUCUGAAGAAUGCCCUGCCCCAGACUGCCUCUACCAUGUGGGCUCUUGAGCCUUACUACUCGUGGCAGACCACUGGCUACAACGCUACCCUGGCUAUCUUCUACUUCCCUCGGGACAAGGUCCAGGCUCUGAAGGACCUGAAGCUUAACCCCAACUCCGCUCUUUACCAGUCCUCGGACGAGUCUGUCAAGACUCUGAUGUCCAUGGUUGACCCCUCCAUCCCUCUGGAGUUCUCCGGCAACUACCCAACCUCUUCUGGUUCUUCGGCCUCCAACGCUGGUAGCGGCUCUAGCAACAACGGUGGCAGCACCGACAGCUCCAGCAACACUGACGGCUCUGGUAACUCGUCUAAGGCCAAGGCUAGCUCCGUUGGCAUUGGUGUUGGUGUCGUCGCUGGUGCCGCUGCCUACGGUGCUGGUAUGUUCUGGGUUGCCCGCCGUUACCGCAAGAGAAAGCAGCUGCACAAGCGCUCCAGCUCUACUGCCGAGCAGAUGAGCCAGGUCUCUGGCGGCUCUAUGUUCGCUACCGGUGGUCGUAUGUCUGGUAGCCAGCGCACUGGCCGCUCUGGACAGAUGAUCAGCGCUCCGGUCAUGGCUGAGAACUCCCUGGGCUGGAACUAG